AUGUUUGCACAGUAUGCGUGCGGAGCUGGGAUCAUUAGACUGUUGACCUUGCCCCCUCCCGAGCGGGAUAACCUACGAGCUGAGUCGACGUUCCUUACUUUAGAGGAGCCGAUUCUCAAAGGAAAAGCCGGCGAGUGUCGUGCUCUACGAAUCAUAUACACCCACCCAAUGGUUCCAGGCGCGGAAGGUUUCGCAUACGAGCUCUGGCCUAACGACUGUACGUCCGAUUGGUUACAACAUUAUGAAACAGAGGGAAAGGAGAUAAAUGAAGCGAAGGUGGCGGAGAACGCGAAGAAGGCAACUAUAGCUACGAAUACUGCGGAGGCUACGAUAGCGGUUCGACCGAUGGAGGCUAAGGGGGGAAAGGCGGCGAGUUCGGCGCUAAUAAAAGUAAAGAAAAAGAAGAAGAAGACGAAAAAGGCAAAGAAGGCAAAGAAGGCGACGGCGUCCGCGGAGGCCACGGGAGUGAAGAAGACCAGAAGAGGGAAAGAGGAACAAAAGGCAAAAAGGGCAAAGAAGGUACCGGAGGCGAAAAAGGAAAAGAAGGCAAAAUAG